GAGAGAGAGAGAGAAGGACAGACGGCACUGAGGGGAGGGGAGGAAACACUGGGCUCAGUCACACCUUCCACUGCCUCUCCGACACGCUGAGCAGAUCUAGUCAUCGCGAGGAAGAUGCACGUCUACACCAGACCCCGGACAGGACAAUAGCUGCUAAAGCCGCCGAGACAAAUACAUGCCAAGGACUAGAGGGGGAGAGAGAGAGCAGAGGGAAGGACAGCAGCAGCCUUUCAGAGAGGGCAGGAAGAGGCUACGUUUGCGGGGUUUAUUCUGAGGAUUUCUGCUCUUCGUCCACUCUGCCUCCCAGUGCUGCUGCUGCCGAGAGGCUACAGUCAGUUUUGCAGUCCGAGACCAUGAGCGAGGCGAAGAAAGGUGAACUAGCCAUCCGGGAUAAAGCCAUCCUGCACCAGCAGAGGCGUCUGAAGCAGGCGACCCAGUUCACGCACAAGGACUCGGCUGACCUCCUGCCCCUGGACGGGCUGAAGAGGCUGGGCACGUCCAAAGACCUGCAACCCCACAGCAUCGUCCAGCGCCGCCUGCUGGAGGGAAACAUCCCACGGCUGAGAGGCGAGGCCCGGGACCUCAGCACCAGGGUUCGAUCCCCGCUGGCGGACACCAAGGACGGACCCACGGACGCCGAGGAGAGGAGCGAGAGCACGGCCGACGACUCCACGGAGGAGCGGGAGUCUCUGGAGGAGAGCGAGAGGAGCCUCCGGUCGGACGAGGAGGACGACAACAGCGAAGCCGGAGCCAGGCAGACGGCGGAGAAACCCGAGGGCACGGAGAGCUCGACCGCCCUCACAGCUCUGGUCAUUCAAUGCAAGUGCUGCGAGGCUGAAGUCAAAGCAUCCAUCAACACUGGCAGCCAACAUAACCACAUCUCCACCUCCUGCUGCCAGAGGCUGGGACUGGUGCCCAGUUCACCAUGUGGAGGAAGCAGCUCAGUGACGGAUCUGCAGCUGCAGCUGGGCAGCCAGACACUCAGGUGUUCAGCGUAUGUCAAAGAGGAUGAGGCGUUCGAGCUGUGCCUGGGUCUUCAGACUCUGUUGGAACUUAAAUGCUGCCUGGAUCUGAGCAGUCGGGUGCUGAAGCUGCAGGGCUGUGGCGAGGAGCUGCCUUUCCUGAAGCCUUCGGCCGACAGCCAGUGCCAUCACGACACCAACGAGAACCUGUGAGGCGACUCGACGGCGGCGACACUUCCUCUAGGCCUGACCGGUUGCAGCAGCGUGGCCCCGAGCCGUUCGUGUCCGGACCGUCCCAUCACAGCCUCUCUCACUGCCAGAAACAUGGAUGAGCAUUCGCCUCAGUCCCUCUUGAGUUUACAUCUUUGUGUUCGUAGAGUUAAGACAUUUGCCAUGAUUAUCUCUUCUAUUGAAUUAGUCUAGUUUGCAGAAUGAAAUCCAAUCUCUGUGGGUUUAGUCAUUCUUUAUGAGUAUACUGUAUGUUCAGAUCAGUUCCUCUGUUGAGCUGCUUUGGGGGGAAAACCAUGAUAAUCAUUUCAAGUGAACUUUUAGUGGAAUAUUUUUGUGAUCUGACUGUGAAAAAUGACUUUAACAAUCAAAGUAAAUAAAAAUAUAUAUUAAUUGCAAACCUAAAUCAUUUCAGUUAGGUGUUGUAACAGGAAUGGUUUGAUAUUUGGGGACAUAGAUUUGUUCUUUUUGAAAAGAUCGACACACAUCUACGUCUAUUAGCCAGUUAGCUUAAGUCCUGUAUUUGUCUGACAGCAACUAUAUCUGCCUAUAGCACCGCUAAUAUUUACGUUAUAGCUUCUCUGAGAAAUCUAUACAUACACUGGAAUCCACAAACAAAACACUACGAAAACAGUCACAUAAGCACAUAACAGCCUGUAAAACUGCCGUCUAACUUUUUUACAUUUCAGUAUUUUUAUGGCAUAAACCUGCGAGAGGUUUCCAUAAAUCCCAAUGCGAUGAGCUCAUGGACUCUUUAAUCAGCCACAUCUGCCAUAUAAAAAAUGAGUUAAAUUUGCAUUUGUACCAACCGAAUUGUCAGAAGUUGAACAUGUCAACAAUUCAUUGCGUCUUUGAGCGAGAUUUCAAUUUUUAAGCCCCAUUUUCCACUCCUUGUAGCUAUUUUUCCAUCUAUUUCCCAUGUUUAGCAAUUACUUAAUUUGACACGUUUAGCUAAUAUUUUUACUUUUAGCUGUUCCAACGUUUAUCAAUUACGUUUUGCAACCUUUUUCCACUCUCUAUAGAUUAACUAACUUUUAGCUAACUCUUUCAAAAUUAAUUCCAUUCAGCAAAUUUAAUUGUUUAAUCAUUAGUUUCAUUUGCUUUUCCAACAAUUAUGCGUUAUUUUUAGCAACCAAGGUCUUGAUUUUAACCAUAACAUUGACCUAUUUAGCCUGUUUAUCCAUUACUUUUAAAUUAUUUCCACUUUUAAUCCAUAAUCUUUAACUUUACAGCUGUUUAGACAUUGCUUUAAUGUUAUUUUUUCAACCAUUAGCCAAUAUUAGUUUUAGCUAUUUACCUUUUUAUCCAGAACUUUUCCUAUUAUAACAGUUUUCCAUCCACCUUAUCAGCAAACUAUAUCAUUUUAGGUGUGCAUGAAUUAGUUUUAGCUGUUUGUCCUCUGUUAUUCAUUCCUUUAGCUAUUGCCAUUGUUUAUCCAAAAUCUCAAGCUAUUUCAACCAUUAGCUUUCGCUGUUCUACCAUUUACUCCUAGCUUUUAGCGCAGUAUUUCCACUUUUCAACAAAAACCUGUGCCUAAAUCAACAUUUUAUCCAUAGCUAUGUCCACAAUUUCCUUUUCUUUUUGCCUUUUGGCUAACUUACCAACCAUUUGCUCAUUAGUUUUAGCUAACAAGCUAAGCUGUUAGCUGUUUUUCCAACCAUUAUUCAUUACCGAUAGCUAUUCCAGCAUUUAUCCACAACAUUUAACAAACUAUUUCUGCUCUUUAAUCAUAAUUUGACCAAUUUAGACAAUUUAUUCCACCAUGUAAUCUACUGUUUACUCACUGCUUAUCCAUAACCUUUAGCUAGCAGUGUCUAUUCAGUACUUUCAUCUGGUAUUUUUCAACUAUUAUCAUUGACUUUUACCUAUUUUACUUGUUAAUCCUACCAUUAUUUUAGCUAGCUGUUGUAUUUCCAUCAUUCAUCUUCAUUUUUUUAGCUAACAAGCUCAAUUCUGUCUUUAUAUCCUUUGUUAACUGGUUGCUCAUUAGCUUUACCAAGAAGUGAUUAAUCAUUUAUCCAUUCUUUUUAGUUUAAACCUGUUUAUUUGUAACUUGCAGCUAGUUUUCACUGAAUCUUUCCUGCUGCACAUAUAUUCACUCAGGUUGUGGAAGCUUUCGACUAAAGGCUAGAUAUCCAUUCUACAUUAGUUAGGAAUCAUUGGCUUAAACACAUUUUCACGACAUGUUAAUUAGCGAGUUUCAGGGGUAUUGAUAGGCUUAUUUUGUUGCUUUUGGACAGAACCAGGCUACCUCUUUCAACCACCAGAUUGUGACUGUAGUCUCACAUUUACCAGAUAGAUCAGGUAUGAGUGGUAACUUCUCAUCAUCAACCAAAAAAUGUGAACAAAGUUAUUCCCAAAAUGUCAAACUAUCCUUUAAGAAUCAACAUGACUCAUCGAAAAAGUGUUUGUACUCAGGAUGAUCUUGACCAGGGGUGUCAAACUCACUUUAGUUCAGGUUCCACAUUCAGCCCAAUAUGAUCUCAAGUGACCAGUAAAAUCACAGCAUAAUAAUCUAUAAAUAUCCACAACUGCAAUUUUUUCCUUUUAGUGCAAAAAAGGCACAUUUUGAAAAUGUUCACAUUGAAGGAAUUAUCUUUUUACAAAACAUCAUGAACAACCUGAAAUUUUUUGUGAAAAAUAAGUUCAAAUUCAACAUUAUACCUCAGUUUAUCAUUUCCACAUUACAACUUCCAGAUCACAGAGUGUCGACAAAGGAACACAACAUUUAGUCACAGCUAUCUGGAACUGAACAAUAUAGUAUUUUACUGUAUGAUCAAAAUGACAAAAGUCAGACACAAAAACAACAAAAACAAGACAAAACAGGAGACACAAAACAACAAAAAAUAAGACAAACAACACAAAACAAAACAAAAAAGAGCCAAACAAAUUGACAUAAAAGUUAAAGUGACAAAAACAAGACAAGAAAUUACACAAAUGACACAAGCAAGACAAAAAAUCAAAACAGUGAAUAAAGCAAAACACAAAAUAAUAAAAAUAAGACAAACAACACAAGUGAGAAAUGAGAAAAACAACAAAACAACAAAAACUUCAGACAAGUGACAAGUCAGUAAAAAAAAACAAGAAACUAUUACAAAAACGAGACAUAAAACGACAGAAGAACAAUCUAGUAUUUUACUUUAUGAUCAAAACAACUUGUCCUGAACUAGAAAUUAUCUUAAAUUUAUGGCUUUACAAAUUGCACUUAAUAUCUUCUCUGUAAUUUUUACACUUUGAGGGCCGGAUUGGACCCUCUGGAGGGCCAGUUUUGGCCCACAGGCCGCAUGUUUGACACCCCUGAUCUUGACAAUGUGUUCAGAGAAAGAAGUUUUUUGAAGUCCUGUGUAAUUCUUUCUGGGUCAGACUACCUCCUUAAGAGACAAGGCUAGAAUUUUAAGGAAACUACCACCAUGUCUGAGGGACUUAUUUAUAUUCAGCUCUGUAAAGCCCCUUCACUCUUUCUUUCCUCAUCAAAAGACUGACAUGGUUGCAUUUUUCCAGCGUGUCACGAUGGCCCCGAGGCUGAAUUACGGUAGUUCCCUAUAAAUGCCCUCAAAAAAAAAUAGACUUCAGGCCAGCCAGCCGAAUAUACUUGAGUCAGACUCAGCUACAGAAAUAUCAAAACAUUCCAUCUGCAUGACUUUGUAAAGUUCUGCCUUUGUAUAAGUCUGCAUGUUUGUGUACUAGUCUGAUUGUGUCAUGUUGCAUUGAGUCAAAGCGGGGUUUUUCUGCCUUGGAACGGCUCCUGUUUCACAUGGGGAAAAAAAAGUGGAACGGGUCCCAUCGUCCCUGAGAGCUCCGGUCACGACAAGCUGCCAAAUCCGACCCCAGCUGCCUUCCCUCUCUCCGGCUCUUUCAGGAGAUUUAAUCACUCAGCCAUGGUCUUCAAGCUCACGUUCCUCUCCAUCCAGAGGACCCGGCCCUCUUUGUGUAUUUACUACCUUUUCGGCUGAUGUUGUUCACUCUGACACCUCAUGUUUGCUAAUUUGCCCGUCACAAGAGAAUGAAAAAGAAAAAAAAAGAGACUCAACCACACCAGUGCCACCUGCCUCUCUUGUCUCCGUGUCUUCAUGGUGUGGAGAAUCAGGAACUCUGUCUCAGAUGUGCUCACUGAAGGCCAUCACGCUCUGCUUUAACCCUCCUGUUGUCCUCAUUUACUGGCACUGUUUCCUGGUCUGAAAAAAAUCCCAAAAAAAUCUGUAAAAAAAGACCCAAAUUUCUGAAAAUUUGCAAAAACCUUCAGGAAGAAAAUUCCAAUAAUUCCUUAAAAGUUUCCCUUAGAAGUCUCCAAAUUUGGCAAGAAAAUUCUUGUAAAUAUUUUCUAAAAAUGACACAAACCUAAACAAAAAAGGGACAAAAAAUUAGACAAAAAAGUUACAAAGUGACAAAAAAUGGACACAAACGAGACGAAAAAAUGACAAAAAAGAAACAAAGUGACAAAAAAUAGACAAACGACCCAAGCAAGACAAAAAUGAAACACAACAAAAAAAACGACAAAAACAUGAGGCAAGUGACAAAAGUCUGACAGAAAAACAACAAAAACAAGAAAAUAUUACAAAAGUGAGAAACAAAAUGACAAAAAAUGAGACAAGCAACACGAAACUAAACAAAAAAAGAGACAAAAAAUUAGACAAAAAAGUUACAAAGCGACAAAAAAAUGGACAAAAACGAGACAAGAAAUUAAAAAAAGAGAAAGAAAAUCCCCUAAAAAAACCACUUCUCUGGAUUUUGGUUGAUUUUUUUGUGAAUGAUCUUAAGAAACAUUUUUUUAAACAUUUCUUUUCCACCAAAAAAUGUUCAAAAAUUUCCCAAAAAUUGUGACAUCAGAAGUUUCACUGUGAAAAGAUCUCUUUUCUCCACAUCUUUUUUUGCACUACUUUAAGAUUUCCUUGCACUGUAAAGGAGAAGCUCUGCAAUCUCAUUAUACAUUGUAUAAUGACAAUAAAGAAUAUUCUAUUCUAUUCUAUUCUAUUCUAUCUUCAAACUUUAAAACAGGUCAUUUUGACCCGCAGGACGACAGGAGGGUGAACAGCACCUGAGCCUCGCCGGGCUUUUGGCCGUGAUUUCAUCCAUCUAACCUCCCGCUGGUCAUCCACGUGUAGAUUGGAGAUGUUUUUGUUUCUCUUUGACGCACUAGUGACCUUCCUAUGCCGUGUGAGAGGAAUCGAUGUGUGACAGAAAUUUAUUUUUGGUGUUUUUUCUUCUUCUGAACAGUAUUUUCUCUGCCUAAUAAAAUACGUAUUCUGGCUA